AUGUCCCAAUGGUUGCUGCCAUCGACUGGUCGCCUUUCGUUGAAAGUUAGCGUCAAUAUUGGAUCUGAGUUUCAGCCUCCAGAAUGGCUACUGGAGAAAUUCGAUGCGAUUGAGGAAAAGGAGAUGAAGAAGCAGUUGCAAGAUAAGAUGAAGCAUGCGAGACGGGCGUUGGAGCUGAAGCGAAUGAGGUUGGAGGAGCUGGCAACCCUAUUGAAGGGGACGGAGAAGGUGACACUGCCGAAGAAGCCAAAGGAGAUUCAGGCGAAAUUGAUGAAUUCGUUGAAGGGGGUGCGCCUAGUCGAGGUAGUGGAGCUGGAGAAGCAGUUGAAUGAGAUGGAUCUGGUGCAGCUUGCAAAAUUGUUGGAGAAGAUGAAAAACGUGGGGCUGGCGACACUGUUGAAAAAUAUGACGUUGAAAGAGCUUGUUGAGGUGGCGAAGCAGUUGGAGGAGGUGAAACUUAAGCAGCUGGCAAAGCUGUUGAAGCAAAUGAGGCAGGUGAAUGCCGACCGCCAAAUGCAAAGUGCUUCUAAGUUUGAGAUAUCCCUCUCAAAUCUGCUUUCAAAGCCUGAAUUUACCUGGAUACUUUGCUCUCUUACUUUCCCGGGAAAGAAUGAAGUGGCAGUGAUUGACGUCAAGAGUCAUAUUGUCUGUGUUGACAUGGUUUCAAGGAAAGAUACCAUCUCCUUCAGUCUAACGCAAGAAUCGAUUGAAAGUCUCUCGAAAAUUUACGGCGACAAUUACUUAACUGGCUGGGACAAAAGAAACUUGGAAGCAAUGCGAGCCGUGUUUGAAAAGAGCUGCUCCGAGUUCAUGUAUUACACAGACGCUUCUGUUCUACAAGGUCUUCAGAGGAAUGGUUGCAGCAAGCUACCAGCGAACAAAAUGAAGGCUGCCGAAGAAAAAAUACUAUCGCUUCUGGAAACACCGCAUGCGCAAAGCAUGGCAAGAAAUACGAAGGCUAUCAACAACUAUCAAAUUGGAGAGGUGGCUUUCCCGACCUCCUCUCCAUAUGCAGCCCUCGAUUGUUAUCAUCCGACAGCAACUUAUGAUGCAGGCAUGCAGACCCUAUAUUGGCCACCUGCAACAAGUGGAGUUAUUGAUACGAAUUUUUCUCCGAGCCUAUCCUUCGUCCCUCAACAGGGAUGGUACAGCUAG